UGCUCAAAUAUGACAUACUGAUAUGCAUAAAAAUUAGUCAACAUUUACUAAUUGCUUCUACGUCGACCUCAUUAAGGGUUGAAAACUUCCGGCUAACAUCUGCAUUCUGAAAUUGUGCAUUAUACGGUUCCCAAGUCUACGAAAAUCAGGUAACAUAAAUCCUUUAAAUUCAAUGUUGAUGUUCAUCUGUAAUUAUCGGAUUCGAUUUAUUUGAUAAACUACCAAAUCUGGAUAGCAGAAGGUAAACGGAACUUGUUUCAUUGACAAUUUUGUUUUCAUUGAUUUAGUUAACAUACAUGAUGUUGUAAGUGUAUUUGGUGCAUACCUGUAUUCUGCUAUGAAAAUAACUGAUUUAGGUUGUGAUUUGAAUAUAAUGACAUGCAAUAAGACAUAAAGAAUACAAUGCACACCAGGUGUUUGAAUAAAUGUCUAUAUGAAAAAUGUUGCAGUUAACAAAAGAAUCAUUUUUUAAAAUUAAAAAGACAAAUAAUAAGUAGGAGUUUUAUAUGAUUAGGUAGUGAAGUUAAGUUGUUCUCGGAUAUGGGUUUAGGGGGUAAAAAGAAAUGUAAUAAGAAUGUUUGUUAGGGGUAAUUGUUAUGUUAUUGGGUAAGAUGAAAUGUAAGAACAAAGGUUGUUAGGAUUUUACUUAUAAUGACUUUAAAGUGUGUGAAGAUAAUGAAAGUUAGAAAAUUAACAAUACUUUUAACUAAAUACAAAUGAUUGGAUUAUAUGUUAUGAGUUUAUGUUUCCUUUAAAAUAUGUCAACCUUUUAACUGUUUCUUAGCAUGGCCGGAGUAGAGAACAAUGUUGUGGUUAUAUCGGAUUCUGAAGAGUCUUUGGCUGAUUCAGAAGAGUUUGAUGAUGAUGACGAUGAAACUGGUCCGCUGAUAUUCAUUGUCCCAUACACCAAACGGUUUCGCAUACCAGUUGAGGUAGCACGGAUAACAGGAGUUGACGAAACAUUGAAAGUUAAGAUCGUCAACAGGGAGAAUGUCGAGACAAAACAUGAUGUUAGGGCGGAGCCAAAUAAAAACAGUAUCAAGUACGUUGUCAAAGGAUGGGCGAAAUGGCUUAAGGAUAACAACAUAAAAGAUGGUGAUCAUUGCAAGUUCCAGUACUUUCCACAUAUUGGUGUUUUGUUCCUUGCCAAUGUUUUCGGCUAGUGGUAAUGUCUGAAAGUUGGAACGACUGUAGAAGAAUAACAUAUUGUUCUUUUGGCUAAUGAAGUAAGAUAGCGUAAGUUAUGUGGUGUUAAAAGUUGUAAAGUUUUUGUUAACAUGUGUGAUCUUUAUGUAUGUGUUAAAAGUAAGGUAGCGUAAGUUACGAUCUUUAUGUAGUUUGGACAGCUACUAUGUAACCGUAUUUAUAUAUAUAUAUCAUGUGUUGUACUUUUA